UUGUGGUUGGUUGUCGGCUUCGGGUCGCUCCGGGAGGGGCUCCAGGAACACGGACGAUGGAAGAUAGGGCGUUCGGGCCUCACGAGCCCCGGGCCCGGCCGAGAGAACGAGACCCGGACCGGCGUCCCCGCUCCGACCGAGACCGUCCCUUCGGGCGACCGCGGGACAGACCCGGGGACGCACGCCGGGAGAUCGGGGACCGACGAGGGGGCGGGGACCGGAGGACGGACCGAGACCCUCGCCCGGACAGACGCGGGGACUCGGGCCGAGACCCUCGCCCAGACACUUUCGGGGACACGGGCCACCGCGCAGGUGGACAGAGACGCUGGGAAAAGUCCCGCCAAAGCCGGGCGCGGGACGAAGCCUGGGCCCCGGCCUGGGACGCCGCCCCGCUCCCCCGGGGCGCGACCUGCGAAUCCCCGGAGCCGCCGGCCUACAGGAAGGAGGGCCAGGGGCGCCGCGGCCUGGAGAGUGAACCCACUUCAGAGAGAUAUGUGCCCACCUACCUUGAGCCUGAAUAUUACCAGUCAGAGGCUGAAGGACUUCUGGAAUGCCACAAAUGCAAAUACUUGUGCACAGGGAGAGGUGUGGUUCAGAUCGUGGAGGUGAUCCUCAACGGGAUGGUGCUCAUGUGCAUCGUGGCGUCCUACUUUGUCCUGGCGGGGUUCAGCGCCAGCUUCGCCAGCGGCGGUGGCUUCGGGAACAACUAUUACUCUCCGUUCGAGGGCACCGAGCUAGAGCAGGUGCGGCAGCUGGACCAGCGCUUCUCGGUGCUGCGCUCGCCGCUCAUCUACGGCGGUGUGGCGGCGUCGCUGGGGCUGGGCGUGCUCACGCUGGGCGCCCUUCUGCAGGGAGCCCGCAGCCUGAGCAGACUGCCCGGCCGCUGGCUCCUCCUGGAGGCCGCCUUCUGCCUGCUCGCGGCCGCAGCCUACUGCGUGGGUAUUGUCGUUUACCUGCAUGCGGCUCUGCGGAUCAAUGCCACAGACACUUGCAAAACGAGAGAGAGGCUUUACGCCCGCAAGGGGCUCACCUGGAUGAACUGCCAGCUGUCGGGCACGGAUGGAGCGGCAGCCACCUUUGCUUGUCUUCUGGUCAUCAUGUAUGUGACCAGUGUGGUGCUGGCCGUGCGGGCCUACCGAGAACAUAAGCACUACAAAGACAGCCAAGAACAGCACAGACAUUACAGUGAUACACCACAGUAUUUGUGGUCCGGGACGCUCUAGCAGGGUGGCCAACCUGGAACUCAGGGGGGCUACAAGUAUCCCAGGACAGUUAUGAAUACAGACCAACACGUUUGUAGGUGACAAGGUCAUAUCACAAUGUCAAAAGGUUGGACAUCCCUGCAGGAGAUCUGGAACAAAAUGUCAAUCUCAACAUUAUUUCUCUCCUUUAUAACCAACCACACAGAAGACAACUAGGGCUUUUCCCAUACUUGAUUUCCUAAGCACUCUCUGUGGCACCAAUGUAAUUAGGUGAUCGUCUAAUUUUUCUUAUGUAAAAGAUAAGUAAGAACAUUGGCUGACUUCAUGAGAGAUUGGGGGAAAAAGUCUCUGGUGGAAAGCACAGAAUGCAACCAUGGGCAUGCACUUAUGGUAGGUAGGGCUCUUGCCAUAUGGUAAAGUAAUAGUGAGGUAGUAAACUAGCCAGAGAAAUCCUGAAAGCUGAGAACUACACAGCAGAGUGUUAGCAGGCCAGUGUUACAGGAGAAAGCUUACCUUCUGUCAUAAAUAUCUAUCAUUGAAGGGGGAAGGUGAUCUGUCCCACACCUGUAUUUUGUCCUAGGGAAUGACUAAAACAGUUGUGUGGUUGAAUUCAAAUGGAUGAUUGUACCCUCUCCCUCCCAGAGGGUACCUAUUCUGUUAGGGCGACACAACAGUGUAACGCUGCUGAAUGUUCCCAGGCAUAUGUUCUCCCUCGAGGAGGAAGGUUGGAUGCCUGAUGCAUGAAGAGUGAUGCUUUUCCCCAGGGUUCCUGUCUUAGGACCCAGGGGAAAAUGUUUCCUGCUAGCUAUUCUAAGGUGUGUGUGGGGAGGGCAUUCCAUUGUAAUUCACUUCUGAAAUAUUUUAUGAUUUAAAAAUGUCUUCCAAAUAAAUAGAAAAUUCUUCAA